AUGGCCUCUGCCCAUCCUUUGAUGAAGCUACUGGAAGAAGCGGUCUGUCCCAUCUGUCUGGGUUACUUCAAGGAUCCAGUGAGCAUAGUUUGUGGACACAACUUCUGCAGAGUUUGUAUCACAGAGCACUAUGAAAAAUGGGAAAUGGAAACAGAGGGAGUUUUCUGUCCACAAUGCAAGAAAAGUAUCAAGAAAGAGAAUUUCCAGACCAACAGGCAGUUUGCCAGCAUGGUGGAAAAUAUCCAGGAAUUAGGGAUAAAACUUGAAGAUCGAAAAAAGCAGACAGUCUGCAGGCAGCACAAGAACAAACACAAGCUGUUCUGUGAAGAUGAUGGUGAGGUGAUCUGUCUGGUUUGUGAUAAAACCCAGAAGCACGGAUCUCACACUCUGGUGCCCAUCGAGAAGGCUGCGCAGGAAUACAAGGUGAAACUCCACAAAGACAUUGAGCUUCUGAAGAAAGCGAAGGAGGAGAUUUCAGAGCUGAAAUCCAAGGAGCAGAAUAAACCGAAAGAGUGGAAAGAUGUAAAGGACACACUGGCCAGGAGUGAGCAGGUGAGGCUUCAAGAACCAGAGCUCAGUGCUGCUGAACUGAAGAAUGCGUACGGAGUCCCCGGCAUGAUGGAAGUGCUGAGGGAAUUCACAGUGGACGUGACUCUAGAUCAAGACACGGCAAAUCCCAAACUCAUCCUGUCUGAGGAUCGGAAACAUGUGAGACGUGGAAACAUACACCAGGAUCUGCCCAACAACCCUGAGAGAUUUGAUCCUUAUCCCUGUGUCCUGGGUGCUGAAGGGUUCACGGGCGGGAGGCGUUACUGGGAGGUGGAGGUGGGAGACAAGACUCAGUGGGAACUGGGGGUUUGUAGGGAAUCUGUGAGCAGGAAGGGGCAGGUCACAUUCACACCCGAGGAUGGAUUCUGGUCUGUGUGGCUGAGGGAUGGGAGAUACCAGGCCCUCACAUCCCCCUGGACCUCCCUCCCCAUGAGCGUCAGGCCCGGCCGGGUGGGGAUUUUCCUGGACUAUGAGGUGGGUGAGGUCUCGUUUUACAAUGUGACUGACAGGUCCCAUCUCUUCACUUUCACUGACACCUUCUCCGGGAAGCUCCGCCCUUAUUUCUAUCCUGGUCCCAACGCUGGGGGUAAAAACGCAACUCCCCUGAUAAUCUGCCCAGUCCCAGCUCAGGCCAGAGGGAAUCUCUGUCCCUGACAGUGACCCCGCGGCAUAGACUGGCCCCUCCCAGCCCUGCUGCUCUUCCCGCCCCCAGUGGUGGGGGCCAGUUACUGCAGGCAACUGGUCUUUUUGUGUGGACAGGAUGCUGCCCGUUUCCCUUUUCAAUUAGAGGCUCCAGUCGAAAACUGGACACUUGGCAACCGCCAGCCCUCACCUUUCCCCAUCCCCUGCCCCAUGAGUAGCAGAUAGUGACGGACGGGGAUCAUUCACUCCUGUGAGAAUUUUCUACCCCUGUGAAAUCUCCAUAUAAAAUAUAAAAGAAAAAAAGAUUAUUCUAAUUUAGAAAAUGUUAUUGUAACUAGGUGUAAAUACAAGAAUAUUUUAAUUUACAUUUCAACAGUAUUUAAAAAACAAGCAUCUAAACAUAUAUUUUAGAAAUGGAAUUAUUUACAUUUAUUUUUUUAUUCUUCCCCCAAAUCUAUAUUGAAAUUUAACUUCUCUAAAUAACGUCAUUUGUAUUUCAACUGUGGAAUU